AUGGAAGUCUGGGACGUGGCGUCCGCCCGACGACCGCCCCGCGCCGGCCCUCAUCAUCAAGCUGGAGCCCGCGACGCCGACGACCUGGAACCAUCAAAGGGACGAAACCGCUUCGAACGUGACCCCGAGCCGUGGCAGCAGCGAACACGCCCUCCCUCGACCGCACCUGGAGGUCGGUCACCGUGA